GAGACUGGCCUACCCCCCCGUGAGCCGGCAGCGGCAGAUUAGCGCGCAGCUGCCCGUAAAUGAGCGUACAAACUGAACGAGAAAUGGGUCAUCAGAGUGGAUGUUUGUGAGCAGAAAAGCUCCGUGCAGCCUCCAGGUUCUCUGGUACUUUGCUGCGGAGUUAACGCGGUUUGUUUUCGGGUGACGAAGGCAUGUUUGGAGCUAGAAAAAAAUUUUCGGAGUUCCCCGAAAUAGUCGACAAUGACUUUUCCGAUGACAGCAUGUACUACAGCCAGCCGUCGAUGUUCCCACAUCGGUCGGACAAAGACAUGCUGUCUUCUCCUUCGCCAUCGUCGUCAAGCCAGCUGUCGCAGCUCGGCGCCAGUUUGUACGGUCCACAAAGUGCGAUUGGCUUCUCGGUCAGAGGCAUGGGGAACAGCACGCCACAGCUGAACCGAAACCUCACGCAAGGCACGCAGCUACCAAGUCAUAUCACGCCAACGACCGGCGUCCCCAGCAUGUCCCUGCACACCCCCCCGUCACCGAGCAGGGGGACGUUACCCAUCAACUCCAGAAACCUGCUGAACCACUCCCAGGUGGGUCAGGCCAUCGGCAUCGGCACCAGGACCAACAGCAUGAGCAGCUCGGGGCUGGGCAGCCCCAAUCGCAGCUCCCCCAGCAUCAUCUGCAUGCCCAAGCAGCAGCCGGCACGCCAGCCCUUCACCAUCAACAGCAUGUCGGGAUUCGGAAUGAACCGGAACCAGGCGUACGGCAUGAACCACUCACUAUCCAGCAACAUCUUCAACGGCACAGAUGGGGAGAAUCUAUCGGGACUGGAUCUGUCGGAUUUCCCUGCGUUAGCGGACCGGAGUCGGAGGGAAGGGACCGGGAAUCCCACGCCGGUGCUGAACCCGCUGGCCGGACGGGCUCCUUACGUUGGCAUGGUAACAAAGCCGUCAACGGAACAGACACAGGAUUUCUCCAUCCAUAACGAAGACUUCCCUGCACUGCCCGGGCCAAACUUUAAGGACCCCUCAUUGAACAAUGAUGAGAGUAAAAGUAACCUGAACUCCACCAGUAAGAGCGCGUCCAGCACCGACGGGCCCAAGUUCCCCGGAGACAAAACGGCGUCAGCGCAGAACAACAACCUGAAGAAAGGGAUCCAGGUGUUGCCCGACGGCCGGGUGACCAACAUUCCUGCAGGCAUGGUGACGGACCAGUUCGGCAUGAUCGGUCUGCUGACGUUCAUCCGGGCUGCAGAGACGGAUCCGGGGAUGGUCCAUCUGGCGCUUGGCAGUGACCUCACAACCCUGGGACUCAAUUUAAACUCCCCAGAAAACUUGUAUCCCAAAUUUGCCUCUCCGUGGGCCUCGGCGCCGUGCCGACCUCAGGAUAUCGACUUCCACGUCCCCUCAGAGUACUUGACUAACAUCCACAUACGGGAUAAGCUGGCCUCCAUUAAGUUGGCUCGAUAUGGAGAGGACCUGCUCUUCUACCUGUACUACAUGAACGGCGGCGAUCUGCUUCAGAUUCUGGCUGCAGUGGAGCUCUUUAACCGGGACUGGCGGUACCACAAAGAGGAGCGAGUCUGGAUCACGAGGGCGCCCGGCAUGGAGCCCACGCUCAAGACCAACGCCUACGAGCGUGGCACCUACUACUUCUUCGACUGUCUGAACUGGAGGAAAGUGGCGAAGGAGUUCCAUCUGGAGUACGACAAGCUGGAGGAGAGGCCUCACGUGCCCACCACCUUCAACUACAAUCCAGCCCAGCAGGCCUUCUGAGGCCCAGCCGGAGGACACGCCGCGUCCAGCGGGGGCGCCGCCGGCGGCUUUUUAUUCCUCCAGGGGUCACCACUGAAACUGUCCUGCCUUUCUGAAUGAACAUGCUGCCCAAAAACAUCCACACGUGUUCCGUUUUUAAUCCUUCUGUUCCCGUCUUUUUGUCUCGUUUCGCCCGGGCUCCGUGUUAUGUUUACGUCUGCCAAUCCGUGUCCUCCUGGAGGGGGCGGGGUUACGGUGCGGGACAGAACAAAGGCGUCGCCUCACAUUUACAGCAGUGUUAGGAUGCAGCUGCGGUAACGUCCUGGGAUGCAGGAGGCCGGCCUGCUCUGGAUUCAGUCAUUAAACCACCACGUUCGUUUGUUUGCUUUCUGUCUCUGCUCUCCACACUCCUCUGCUUUCAAGCCCCGCCCCUCGCGUGUCCUCAGCUGGUCCCAGCAGCUUCCUCUCCGUUUCUGCAGCGGAAAAACAUGGACACAAAUCCGGGAAAGGACUCUGAGGAGGAUCCUCGCCGGCUGAGAGCCACGUCAAACACUUUUCAGUCUUUGUUACGAUUUUGUAAGAACUGUGUACAUUUUGUUCCUUUUAUCACAAAUUAGUAUAUGUAUGUAUGUGUACAUAUGAUUGCUAUAUAUAUGUAUGAAUAUAUAUAUAUAUAUAUAUAUGACAUUAUUUUGGAAGAAAUGCAGAUUUUUGACCUUGUUCCUCCUUUUUUAUGAAGUGAGCAUGGAAGAAAUGUGAUUGUAACUGAUCUUGUUCUCUGGGGCAAACGGGGCACUUUAAUCACAAGGAUUAUGGAUGAAACAGCAUAAAAGCCCCGCCUCCUGGAGACCCCGGGGGCGGCCGUGGGGAUGGAGCCAGAGUUUAGCGAUCCAAAGUACAGGAGAGGACGUGUUUAACUUCAGGCUGUCAACAGCAAUAUUCCAUACGAACAGGAAGCAGCGAGAAACUCCCAGCAUUCCGUGUUUUUUGGAAGUUAAAUCCUCCUUUUCUUUGUAUUAAAGCAGAAGCUUUCCUGA